UAUACUCUGUUUCAGCCAUACAAACUUAGGCUAAAAUGAAAUUGACAAAAAAUAACGUCACCUGGAAGCAACUGUUUUAGUUCACAACAUAACAGUGCACUGGAACAUAUACCGUUUUAGAAGGACACAAUCCUAUACGGUUACUGCAUCAAGAACUAUCCGUUUUAAAGAAAUCACAUUGAGAUAAUGGUAAAAAUAUUUCCUCGUGGUAAUUAAAAGAGAGAAUACAAGGCACAAAAAAAACCUUUAAUCAAGGGCGUAGUUUCUUGCAAGGAUCCAUGUUUCAUAGAGUCGUUUAGAUUAGCACCAGAAAUAUCACAAAUUGUGAAAUCGAUGCAAAUUAUUUUCCCCUAAACAAAUCUUAGGCAGAUGUAUCCGAUCUAUGAUUCAUAUUCCAUAUGCAAUACCCAAAUCCUCUCUAGAUUCUACUUCACAAACUUUCUACAUCAUACAACUUAAUUCUACACAACUUUUUUGUAGAUUUCGAGUGCAAAGAAAGAAUACAUUGGGAUUGAGAUUGCCCCAUCGCUGGCCUAGGGUUAACUGCAGAUGUGCUGGACAUUCCAACCAUGUGUAACACGUGGCUUCGUCGGUGGGCUAGGGUUACUGCAGGUGUGCUGGACAUUGUCGUGCUUGCCCGCGUGCGUCCUGCACCCCACGCGUUCCCACCAUGGCGUCCAAGCUCGCUGGCAACCACCAUUGUCUCGGCUGUUAGAUCAAGCGAGCAAAGCAACAGAGUAAAAGAAAAGCUAAACAAAGUGUGUAGCACAUUGGAUUGCUGUGCGGCCGACGCCCAGGGUUUGUUCGUAACGCAGUAUUUCAAGCCGCUGGUGGCGAUAAUAUUCUGAAGAACCAGAGAUUACUGUAUAUUUAUUCACGCAUUCAAUUAUGUCGUCUGCCAUGCGAACAGUUCUCUGUCACUUUCCCAAGAUUCACGAGGAGUGGUUGUCCAAGAAAAUUUCCGCUCUAGCAGGGAGUGUCACUAUUGAUGGGAAGCUGGACAAGGCCCAGAUAUGGGAUACUGCAGGGCAAGAGAGAUUCACGUGACUGGAUUGGCCUGUUCAUAGUUAGGAAAAGAACAAGAAGUUGUCCAUUGCUUCUAUUGGAUCAAUGAGGGAAGUCAUUCUGAAUGUUAGGCAGGUGACAUUGGAUCAAUGAGGGAAGUCAUUCUGAAUGUUAGGCAGGUGACAUGUCAGGAAAAAACUGAUUAUGUUAGAUUAGGUUUUCUAGAUGAACCAGAGUCCCAGGAAUUUGGGAGGUUGCAAGCCAUGAAAAAAGCAAACAAGUAUUGCAUAUGCCGGUGGAUUAAGGUGGUUUUAUUAUGCUUUAGUCGAUUGGCUCUUGUAGCUGCUUUUAUCAUCUGGGAAAUGCCAAUUCUAAUCGACAUGGGUUUGUUUCCUGUUUUUCUGCUACCAUCGGCACCUUCAAUGUGGCUGGCUGGCAUGACAUUUGGAUACAGCAUUGGAUUUCUGAUAAUAAUGGCAGGAACCGGUAUUGGCAUGUCCUGGCCUUACUUCAUUGGGUCACUCUUUCACAGUCGAAUACAUGUAAAUUUUUACCCAUUUCCUUGUAGUUCCAUGUAUGAAAUGUUACUAUUUUCCCUAGAUCCAUUGUUACCUUGUUCCCCAGAAUGGAGUACAUUUUAUUGCUCUAAAAUUUGUGACAAUUUCCAUACAUAUGCAGAUACAUAUGCAGAUACAAGCUACUUUUCUACUUAACAUUUAUGUAAAUAAUUUUUCAAAUGCAACGAGUCCAUUUAAAGUUUGCUCAA